AUGUGCCAAGUGGGCAGACGGCUGCUGCUCACGAGCGGUCACCAACUACACGCCAUGGACUUUGAAGGGACUGUAUGGGAGAAACCGGUCGACGUUGUGCCGACGUCGGAUUCACUGCAUCUGUUAGCAACUGCCGGUUCGGUACUGUUCUGCUGUGGACGACGAUCGACGAGCGUUCAUGUGGUGGAUGCUUUUUCGCUGAAAGUACUCAACCAUUUCAGUAUAGCUGCUUGUGUACGAACACAACUGGCAGGUCGUGAAGACAUCAUUCGUGAGCAUAAGAUGGGUGCUCUGAGGAUUUCCUGCAUCACAGUGGCCACAUCACAACUUUGGAUUGGCACAUCGGCCGGAUUUGUCAUCUGCACGCCAGUUCACAGUGCCAAGACGCAACCGAUUCCACCGUUGACGAUUCGUGAGAUGGGACACGCUGGACCUUGUCGGGUACUUCUGCCGGUUGGUUUGGCAACGAAUCGAAAAGUGAAACGAAUGUCCCUCAACGUACCAUCGCAGCAGGCAUCACCGUUCCUCGUUGUCACUUGUGGAGAAGGCCUGGACGAUCGGAACGGCACUCAAGAUCCCGCCAAUGAUGCCGUUAACCAUUUGAUUUUCUGGAAAUUUCCACCAGCUCUGUGA